CAUGGUGAUUCAUGGUACCGACGUCAAAUGUUGGUUGUUUUUUACGAGAAGUGAACAUUAAUGGACAACAUAACAGUGGCAGUCAAACAGGGAUUGCUGUUUGUUAAGCAUCUAGCAACAUUUUUUUCGUACGUGGAUCUAAUGAGUUACCAAGCUGCUCCAUCACGCACAGGCUGUACUCAAACUUCUACGAUCGUAUUUUAACAACAACGAAUCAUCAACCGGACUUUCCAGACAGCGGAGUAAAUCUGCUCUAACUAAUCAUCAUUUAUGGUGAUAGUUAGAAAAACUGGAAUAAAUUGGAAGUGAAUUAUAAUUUGUUUAGCAAGACGGGCAAGUCGCUUUUUUGAGGAAAUCUGCAUCUCCACAACUUUAAGAAAGAUCAAUUCCAUAAAGCAACGAUGGGAGCCGAUUCCCAGACGAAACCAAUACCGUGCUCCUCGAAAACCACCGAACUGAUCGACGCAACGAUGUCCGUGGCAAAUCAAACGAAGCCAAAUCACAGCAGUAUUCCCUCCCUGCGAGAACUACGCGACGAACUAGUCAGCUCCGAUUCCACCCUGAACGCCAAACAAUUCCAGAAAGUCCUAUCCACUUGUAGCAGUUUGGCGGACGCGGACGCGGAAGUGGACAAGAAGCUGAAGGAAAUCGGUUCGCACACACCCAUUCUGCCCUCGGAGAUUGGAACGGAUUUCAACUUCAAGCGGGAAAUUGUGUGGAAAAAUGUGAUAGGUUUCGCGGCCCUGCAUAUAUGCGCCUGGAUAGGACUACACCUGUCAUUCUGGCGGUACUGCGACUGGCGGACGACAUUGUAUACUGCUUGGUUGAUGUACAUGUCCGGCCAAGGAGUCACGAUGGGAGCUCAUCGGUUAUGGGCACACAAAGCGUUCAAGGCAAAACUUUGGCUUAGACUGCUACUCCUGUGGUUACAUACGCUAGCCGGCCAAAACUGCCUAUACGUGUGGGUGCGUGACCAUCGGCAGCAUCACAAAUUCUCCGACACCGAUGCCGAUCCGCACAAUGCCAACCGUGGUUUCUUUUUCUCCCACGUAGGUUGGCUGCUGUCCCGUAAACAUCCUAAGGUCAUCGAAUACGGAAAGAAGAUCGACAUGUCCGACCUGGAAGCCGACCCGUGGAUCAUGUUCCAAAAAAAUCACUACAAACUACUGUACACCAUCUUCGCCUUGUUCGGUCCGACUGCCAUUCCGGUACUGUGCUGGGGUGAAAGCCCGUGGUACGCUCUGUUCGUUGCCUUCUUCCUGCGCACCGUGCUAAGCCUGAACGGCACUUGGUCGGUGAACAGCGCCGCCCACAUGUUCGGAACCCGUCCGUACGACAAGACAAUCUGGCCCGUAGAGAAUAUGUUCGUGUCGUUUGUGGCCGUCGGUGAAGGCUGGCAUAAUUACCAUCACGCAUUCCCGUGGGACUACCGUGCAUCCGAGUACGGAACGCCAUUGAAUCUCACUGGAACGCUGAUCGAUAUCCUUGCCAAGUAUGGACAGAUUUGGGAUCGAAAAACCGCUACGUCCAACAUGGUCAAAAACCGAGUGCUUCGCACCGGUGACAAGUCCCACCAUACCUACGGAACGGACGAGGGUCGCAGUGCCUUCACCACCAUGUUCGGCAUCUGGCGACAUCCGUUGAACCCGUCGUACAAUUCGAUCUACACCCCGAAACCGAAGAUCAUUCAGAGCGACGGCUACGCGCUCGGGGAGGAGGAACUCAAAAAGUCGGAAAUGGACGACGAGGUGCUGCAACGGGAAGCGGAAGAAUUGCUCCGUCGACAACAGGAGGAGGAAAAUCAGAAGACUGAAGCAAACAAAAUCUACAGCAAGCUGUCCCAGUACAUCAAGGACCAGCAACAUCUACCCGGUGAAGUGUCGCUUGACGAUCAGACGGCGGAGAAGAAUGGCAAAUGCCAGCUGAACGUGGAUGGCAAUGAGAAUGUGAUAAAGCGGAAGAAUGUGACAGUGCAGUAGUUUGGCCGAAAAGUUAUCGAAAAGAUUUGUUAACUACUGAAAUCACAAAGAAAUCGUUUUACACUUACCCUUAUUGGUAUCGAAAUAACUGUUUGUGGUAGAUUCCUGUGUGUACUAAUGUUAAAUUAUCGGGACGUGUGAUUUAUUGUGCUCUGAUAUUUUCUAGAUUAGUUGAGAAGUAAAAUUAGGUCUAAUGAUGAUACAAAGAGUGAGCCGUAGAGAAAUGUAUAGCUCUGACUUUAGGCAAAUCCAGUUGAUUCCGUGAUCUACCUAAUGAAUGUAGAAUUUUACUACUAAUUUGCUGGACACUUAUGUACCUUUUGGUCAUUGUUGCGGUGAAAAAAUGCAUUGCGUGCGUAAACCAUUAUAAGAAUAGUAUCAGUGUUAAGAGCUUUGUGAGGAAAGCUACCUUCACAUGUUUCAAUUACUUAUGCUAGGAAGCAUGGCAUAUCGGCAGUAGAUAUGACAUACAAAGAAAUACAAAAAGAAACCAAAUAAUUUGUUUUCUUAAAAUCUGA